AUGCUGCCUAACUGCACCAGGAAAAUGGGCACAGGGGAUUAUCUCUGCAUUGCUAUGAGCGGAGGGGCGCCUUGGGGCUUUAGAUUGCAAGGUGGCAAGGAGCAAAAGCAGCCUUUGCAAAUCGCCAAGGUUCGCAGCAAGAGCAAAGCAGCUAAGGCUGGACUGCGUGAGGGAGAUGAGGUGGUGUCUAUCAACGGCAAGCCUUGUGGAGACUUAACCUAUGCUGAAGUUAUCAUUCUGAUGGAAAGCCUGACUGAUGUCCUGCAGAUGCUUAUCAAGAGAUCCUCCAGUGGAAUAAAUGAAACCUUGAGUGCUGAAAGAGAAAAUGGGAAGGACGAGAACAUAAAAAAUGAGGACUAUAGGGAGAGUACUGCACUGCAAAAUAACACAGCGAACGAGAGACCCCAUGGAGAUUUAUGCAUCACAGAGAUAUACAGUGAGUCUCACCAGGAAGGAGGAGAAAGGAACAUACACUUUUCUGAAAUGAAACAAGAGACCACACAAAGCCAAAGAAUUACUUCUAAAGUGAUAGGCACCUCCAAAGUGCUUGUGACAGAUGAGAGUGCUCUCAGAGGGAAGACAGAAGAAAGAAGGCCAGGUACUAUGGUUGAGCUGCAGUUGUCCCUCUCAAAUGAUGCGCACAAAAGCAUCAAUGCUCCUGCUGUGACUCUCUCAGGGGCAGAAAAAUGCACCCCUUCAGGAAGAGGACCCAGUGUACAAGAUGGGACUAGCCCUGUAAUCACGAUUCCCCUGGGCAUGAAAGAGGGCAACAUCCAGUGGUCAAGCAAAGUUGUCCAGUUUUCUAAUGGCAAAGAGACCAAGAGAAUCCAGGGUGCAGCUCCAUCUCUCCCCAGGGUGGAAGUGAUCCUGGACUGUUCAGAUAGGGAGAAGGAAGCACCCAGGUCUCCGGCUGAAAGGGGGUGUGUUGAUUCUCAAGUGGAGGAAGGGCAGUCAGAAGCACCUCCUUCCCUCCUCUCCUUUGCAAUCUCAUCAGAAGGCACAGAGCAGGGAGAAGACAACCAGCACUCGGAAAGGGAUCACAGACCUCUCAAGCACAGGGCAAGGCACGCAAGGCUCCGGCGAAGUGAGAGUCUCUCAGAGAAGCAGGUCAAAGAAGCCAAAUCUAAAUGUAAAAGUAUUGCACUGCUGCUGACAGCAGCACCCAAUCCCAAUUCCAAGGGGGUGUUGAUGUUCAAGAAGCGUCGUCAAAGGGCGAGGAAAUAUACUUUAGUCAGCUACGGUACUGGGGAGUUAGAACGUGACGAAGACGAGGGUGAAGACGGGGAAGGUGAAGAGGGGGACAAAGAAAACACUUUUGAAGUGAGUUUGCUUGCAACAAGUGAGUCAGAAAUAGAUGAAGAUCUCUUCUCUGACAUUGACAACGACGGUAAGAUUGUGACAUUUGACUGGGACAGUGGUCUACUUGAGGUUGAGAAGAAGAUAAAAAGUGGAGACGAGAUGCAGACACUUCCAGAGAGCACAGGUAAAGGGGCCCUCAUGUUUGCCAAGAGGCGUCAGAGAAUGGAUCAGAUUACAGCUGAACAGGAGGAGAUGAAGGCACGCACAGUGCAUACAGAGGAACAAAGAGAAGCAACCAUGUCGGAGAACUUCCAGAAAGUAAGUUCUACAGUCUAUCAAACAAAAGAGGAAGAAAUGUCAAGACAGCAGACCUGCGUGAGCAAAAGCUACACAGACAUGAGCCAGAAUCAUAGCAAAAUGCUACAACAAAAUGGCUUUGGCUUAGCACCAGACACAAACCUCUCUUUUCAGUCCUCUGAUGCUCAAAGAGCAGCUUCUUUGAAUAAAAUAGCAAAACCCUUCCCUUCUGGGGUUCAAAAUCGAGCAGCUGCACCAUUUUCACCCAUAAGAAACGUCACUAGUCCUCUUUCAGACAUACCUGCACCACCUCCUUAUUGCUCUGUUAGCCCACCACCUGAGGCUUUAUACAGACCUGUUUCAGCUCCCGCAGCCAGCAGAGCUGCCCCAUCUGUGUGGUCACCCAGUGAGCCAACAGAACACAUAGCAUCCAGAGAUGAAAGGAUUGCGGUGCCAGCCAAAAGAACCGGGAUACUGCAAGAGGCGAAGAGAAGAAGCACUUCAAAACCUAUGUUCACUUUCAAAGAAGCACCCAAAGUAAGUCCUAAUCCUGCCCUGUUGUCCCUUGUACACAAUGCAGAGGGCAAAAAAGCUACUGGAGCUGGUUUUGAGUCAGGACCUGAAGAAGACUACCUCAGUUUGGGAGCAGAAGCUUGCAAUUUCAUGCAGACUCAAGCAUCUAAACAAAAGGCCCCUCCUCCUGUUGCUCCAAAGCCUUCAGUCAAGAUCUCUCCUACUGCUGGUACUCCAGCUUCACCAGUUUGGUCACCUCCAGCUGUGGCUUCUAGCAAGGCUCCUUCUUUCCCAGCACCAGCCUCACCUCAGGCAGCAUAUCCUGCACCACUCAAAUCUCCACAGUAUCCUCAUUCUCCUGCCCAUCCCCCAAGUUCUCUCAACCUAGCUGGUCCUUUCAAAGGGCCUCAGGCAACCCUAGCGAGUCCAAACCAUACACCCAAGACAACCACACCAGGCACACCAAGUGCUGGAGAAACAAAGCCACCCUUUGAGAUGCCACCAGCUAUGAGCGGAAAAGGAGCACAGUUAUUUGCCAGAAGGCACUCUCGAAUGGAGAAGUAUGUGGUAGAUUCAGAGACUGUGCAGGCAAACACGGCACGAGCCUCGUCUCCAACUCCAUCUUUACCAGCUUCUUGGAAAUAUUCAUCUAAUGUCCGAGCACCUCCACCUGUUGCUUAUAAUCCCAUCCACUGCCCAUCUUAUCCUCCUGGUGCUACCAAGCCUUCCUCUAAGUCCACUGCUGCUACCAAAAACACCAAAAGAAAACCUAAGAAAGGUCUCAAUGCUUUGGAUAUUAUGAAGCAUCAACCUUACCAACUUGAUGCAUCUUUAUUUACUUUUCAACCUCCUAGUACUAAGGAAAGCCUUACUACUAAGCAGACAUUGAAGCUGUCCACUUCAAAGCAAGCUCUACCUUUAAGACCACCUAGUGCUGGCUCUCCUACUAAUGCUCGGGCAUCUUCAGUGUACUCCGUGCCAGCCUACGGUUCACAGCCUUUGUUCCAGUCAGAGGCCCCUAUCCCAGUAAAUGAAUCAUAUGCACCUAUGAGCUACUCUGCAUUUUCUAAGCCGGAAAGCACCACAUCCUCUUUGUUUACUGCUCCGAGGCCAAAAUUUUCAGCAAAGAAAGCUGGUGUCACUGCCCAGGUGUGGAAGCCAUCCAUUAUUGAAAAGUAA